AUGCUUCUAAUGAAGAUGGACAACGAAACCAUCUUAGCGUGGGAAAAACACUCCGUGCAGUUUAAAAGGGAUAAGUACAGUGAGCUGAUUGAAUUCCUGCAGGAUCGUGUUCAAAUAUUGAAAUCGAGUAAGAGCUUUGCAUGCGCAAAGAUUGCACCGACCAAGGUGGCCGGCGCACAUCGUCUUCCUGCAUCACGGAAGUCGAUCACGAGCGCAGCUGCAAUGCAGAAGAACGCAUCCAUCCCCACUUCACCACAACUACAGAGAUGUCCGUUGCAGUGUCCGGAACCUCAUCUACUACGCAAUUGUCCGGAAUUCAUCAACAAGGAGAAACAACAACGACGUGACAUUGUCAAAGCAAAGGGUCUAUGUUGGAACUGCCUCAGCAGCUCACACCAAGUGAAAUCUUGUAGAUCAGACUACUCGUGCCGAUCAUGCCGUGAACGUCAUCAUAGCCUACUUCAUCACGCUUCUCAUUCAUCCGUAACUAUUCAACCGAAAGUUACUCUGGCGGCUCAAUCCGACGAUGAAAUGGUGUUUCUCGAGACGGCAAUGGUUUACAUCGUAGACGAUUAUGGAAUUAAGCACGAGGCUAGAGCGCUUCUUGAUUCGGGUUCGAUGUUAAACUUUAUAUCGGAAUCAUUGGCUCAGAAACUCCUCACCCCUCGUACGAAGGUGAAUGUGUGCGUUACUGGCAUCGGGUCAGCAAGGCAGCAGGUGAAAGGUUCAAUCACCGCUAGUGUUCGAUCUAAGGACCUACACUUCACCACACCGAUGGAGUUUUUCAUCCUUGACACACCAAUCGCAGCCAUUCCUACCAAACCGGUAGACGUUUCUUCAUGGGAUAUGCCGAACGUGACCCUCGCUGAUCCCACUUAUCACGUUCCUGGUAAGGUGGAUCUCAUCAUCGGCAGUGAUCCAUUCUGGGAGGUUCAUACUGGACGUAAGCGAUCGUUAGGCGCAGGCAAGCCGUGGCUAGUGGAGACCCGAUUUGGAUGGGCUGUUUCCGGAAAUACAGUGCAGUCAUCACCAGCUCCACGUGUAUGUCAUGUUGCAACGAGCGAAAGUCCUUUGGAGGCAAUCAUGACACGUUUCUGGGAGAGCAAAACCAUCUCCGAUGAACCCGCUCUAUCUGUGGAAGAAGACAUCUGUGAGAAUCAUUUCAUCGCUAAUACAACUCGGGAUGGUUCAGGAAGGUAUGUCGUUAGCUUGCCACACAAGUCUAAUCCGAAUAUCAUUUUAGGAGCCCCAAGGCAGAUAGCAGAUCGUCGUUUGCUAGCGGUGGAACGGCGACUGAAGGCUAAUCCUAUGAACAUUUAUGAGUAUGAACAUUUGGGACACAUGAUAAGGCUCGAGGAGCCAAUUGAUGAAUCAUGUCCACAUUACUACCUACCGCACCAUGCUGUUGUAAAAGAAUCCAGCACAUCGACAAAGGUUCGUGUAGUAUUCGAUGCUUCGUGUAAGACGACGUCAGGUUAUUCCUUAAACGAUUCCCUGCUGGUUGGACCUGUCGUUCAGCAAGAUCUGUACACUAUUAUGCUUCGAUUUCGGUCACAUGCUAUUGCGCUCACAGCUGACGUUGAAAAGAUGUACCGUCAAAUCCGACAUCACCCUGCAGAUAAAAACUUUCUUCGAAUUCGGUACAGAAAGGAUCCGUCAGAACCAAUAGCAACCUACGAGUUACAAACCGUAACGUAUGGUACCGCAUCUGCGCCAUUCUUAGCCACACGGACAUUGAAGCAAACUGCAUACGAUCAUCAGGAACAGUAUCCUCGAGCAGUCGUUCCGGUGCUUCGAGAUUUUUACGUUGAUGAUCUGUUGACGGGGACAGAUGAGAUAUCAGACGCGAUCGAGAUGCAGAAACAAAUCUCAUCCAUGUUGCAGUCAGCUGGGUUCGCGCUGAAAAAGUGGGCAUCGAACAAUCCUAAGGCGCUUCACGGGAUCCCUCAGGAGGAUUUGGCAUUGCAAACAUGCCAUGAAUGGAACAAAUCGCAAUUUGUGUCCACUUUGGGAUUGAUCUGGGAGCCAGCAGCAGACGUAAUUCGGUUUCGCAUCGAACUACCUCCUUCCGCAUCAAUGUUGACAAAGCGCUUGGUUUUAUCGUAUAUCGCUAAAAUAUUCGACAUCCUCGGAGUACUCGGCCCAACGAUAGUUAUUGCCAAACUAUUUAUGCAGCAGUUAUGGUCGCUUAAGGAAAAUGGUGUUGCACUGGGUUGGGAUAGUGAGCUACCAUUGCAUCUUCAACAAGAGUGGAACAGGUUUCACUCAUCGCUACAUUCUCUUCGUGAGUUGCACAUUCCACGGUUCGUAUCGCUUCAAAAUGCAACUACCACCCAAUUACAUGUCUUCGCGGAUGCCUCUCAAGCAGCAUACGGAGCAUGUUGCUAUUUCCGAGCAGAAAAUCAUCACGGGAUUUCUGUGAACCUGUUGACCACAAAGUCAAAGGUUGUUUCGCUAACUAACACUCACUCGAUCGCCAGACUCGAGCUCUGCGCUGCACGGUUGGCCAUACAAUUGAUUACGUGA